AUGUCUGCCAAUGACCGCGCCGCGUAUAUGAGCGCUCCACGACCCCGCGCCGUCUCUAAUCGCGUCGAUUCCGAAACUCGCGGACCGUCGCCGCUACAAGUCGAGAACAAGGAUCCUUUGCGCCACAGCACCUCGAGUCAGAAGCACAGAACAUCCCGGGAUCAGAAGAGCAUGCCCGAUAAGCGCACAGAACGGAUGGUGAUAACAUCACGGGAAAAGGCAGUGCGAAGGAACCCUGUAAACCCUGUUAAGGAAUCUAUCAGUGCAGCCAACAGAGGCGAUUGGGAUAAGACUCGGCCUAGGAAGCCUGUUCAACUUGAUGAGGCAAACCCCAGUCCCCAAGCUGGGGAGAAGGACCUGGCUGAUACACCAUGGAAUCCCCAGGCGUCAUUGAUUCCUCAUUCGACCGCUCCUCUCGCAUGUCGUGUAUCAGUUCCCCCUCUAGCUUCGACGGCCCCACAGGCCCUUCAUCCUCGGCCACUUCGAGAGCUCUCACCCGAUGCCCAGGAAGCAGCGAUCUUGGAGGACCUGUUGUUCGUGUUCAUGGGAUUUGAAGGUCAAUAUGUUCACUACGCUAGCUCAUACGACCCAUCGAUCGAGAAAGACCGCCUCACGGGCCCAGCAUUCCAGAUAGCCCCGGGCCUGGAUCCAACCCUUCGUGACCUUAUCCAGUCCAUGUUGAAAAUGGCGACCCACUACAGUGCUAUGGAGGCAUUUGUGGAAAUACAAAGCCGCGCUGAGUGUGGCGCCGUUAGUCACUCGCUGUGCGCAUCCAUUCGAAAGCUCCUCAAAGAUUAUCUGAUUCUUAUCGCGCAGCUGGAAGGCCAGCUGCUGAACAAUCCUACAUUUACCUUGCACCUUCUUCGUCUCCACACAAUGCCCACCAGUCAAUGCUUAGCCCAAUUAUAUUCGAUGGGCCAGGAACUGUUGCUCAAAAAUGGUCUUCUAGACGAAGAACUCGAGGAGUCGAUUGACGACUUCGAUGAGGAUGUUGACAAUAUACUUGAACAACUCAAAGAAGGGGGGGAUUUAGUACCAGGGUCUAUGGCCCGCAAGAAAAUGUGCAAAGGAGGCAAUAUUCUCGGACUCCUAACGGAGCGUCUAGCUUCAUUCUCAGGAGAUCCAAUCACAAAGACCUUGCUUCAGGCCUUACUGCGUGACGCCAGUAGGCCUUACAUGGCCAUGUUGAACGAAUGGUUGCACCACGGCGGCAUCAGGGAUCCCCAUGCCGAGUUCUUGGUUAAGGAACAAAAAUGGAUCAAACGCGAGAAACUCGAGGAGGACUACACGGACGAGUAUUGGGAGAAACGAUACACGAUUCGAGAGCACGAGGUUCCGCCUCAGCUGAAGAGCGUGCAGGAUAAAGUUCUGCUGGCUGGAAAGUAUCUCAACGUGGUGCGUGAAUGUGGUGGUGUCGACGUAAGCAAAGAGGUCAAAGAUGUUCCAAAGACGCUCGACGAUCCGCGCUUCCUGGACAAUGUAAAUUCCGCCUACACAUAUGCCAAUGCUUCCUUGUUGAAUCUUCUUGUCACGAAAAACUCCCUCACUACACGAUUCCGCUCCCUGAAACAUUACUUUUUCCUGGACCGUUCCGAUUUCUUUUCCUACUUCCUCGAACUUGGUGCUUCCGAGCUACGAAAACCGGCACGUGCCGUCAAUGAGGGCAAGCUCCAGUCACUAUUGGAUAUUGUCCUUCGACAGCCUGGCAGUGUUGCAGCACUGGACCCUUUCAAGGAAGAUGUUAAGGUGCGAAUGAACAAGAUCGGCCUCACAAAAUGGUUGAUGCAAGUUGUGAAUGUUUCAGGGGUCAAUCAAGACGGCGCAGAAGCGGAGAAGCAACAAGUCUCUGCUGUCCAUUCCGCCGAUGAGGACAAGGAUAUUCUUGGGUUCGAUGCACUUGAGCUGGACUAUUCAGUUCCGUUCCCUCUGUCACUGGUCAUUAGCCGCAAAACGGUCCUGCGGUACCAACUUAUUUUCCGCCAUCUCCUAUCGCUGCGCCAUCUUGAAACGUUGUUGGUCACGUCCUGGGCAGACCAGAACAAGACCACCAGCUGGCGGCAUAAAUCGUCUGAUCGACGGCUUGAAAUAUGGAAACGGCGGGCGUGGAAUCUGCGCGCGAAGAUGUUGGUGUUUGUUCAGCAGCUUUUGUACUUUUGUACGGCUGAGGUCAUCGAGCCCAACUGGGUGGGACUGAUGGAUCGUGUCAACAGCGUUCACGCCGAUGCGUCGGAGAUGGAGGAAAAUGAUAUGAAGCAGGUCAACCGGACGGUUGAUGAGCUGAUGCAGGAUCAUGUGGAUUUCUUAGAUACAUGUUUGAAAGAGUGCAUGCUCACACAGGCUAAACUGUUGAAGAUCCAUUCGAAACUGGUGACUUGCUGCACCAUGUUUGCUUCCUGGACUGCGGCAUCACUUUCACGCGCAUUGGCUUCAGCCGAUCCCGACUUGGCUGGAGGUAAAGUCCCCGGCGCUGAUGCCAGAGGAUAUGAUCCAACUCGGAUUGGAAAACUCGAGGACACACUGAAAAGAUACGAGGACCAUUUCUCACGCCACCUCCGAAUUUUGAUGGACAGCUUGAAUUACUUCGCUGCAACGGAGAGUGUGGUGCUCCUGAAGCUUGCACACUCCUUGACCUCUAUCAGCCGAGAGGAAAAGAUGCGGUUGGGUGUUCUGGCUAUGGGCACACGAAGCAAAGCGCUUCAGACCUAUGAUGUUUGCUGCCACCUGAAACUCGGUGAAGCCGAGACAUGUGACAUCGAUACAAACACCACAAACAUGCCAAUAACCACCCUCACCUCCAUCCUCCGCAUCCCGUUCCCACACCCCAACAUACCACAAAACCGCCUAACCUUAGCCCUCAGCGCCACAGCGCUCCUCGUCUCGACCCUUAUCCUCCCCGCCGCCUACCGUGAUUACAAAAUCUUCAAAUCCUACGGACCUGGCGGACCACCGCACAACGCGCUAGGAUGGAUUGUCGUGCGCGCGCUGUUCCAGCCAUUCGGGCGCGAGAUGUUCAGCACAGACGAGUACGUGAAACGGAUUGCGGCAGCUGAGGGACACGGGAAGGGCGAUGAUGGAUUUUUGUUCUUGCCCGAGGAGCAGUUGGGGAGUCGAUGUGGGGAAGAAAGACCUGUUGUUGGACCACAUGUUGCACCGCAGAGGCAGAUGACGCAGUUGCCGGAUGAGGCUGUUAUGGAGAAAUUCCGCUCUGUAUUCAACGCCUUCGGACAUCGGAAUCAUCACCUCGUGAAAUUCCAGAGAUCGAAUUUGGAACGCCAUGCUGAUGGGCUCUUUGUCGCGGAUCAUAUUCCUGUCUUUGGGAUUGCGAAAACUAUGCAGCGUGAGAUUGCGCAUGUUCAUUCUGGAGGUGAUCACUCGGUUCACGUGGUUCUUGCGCCGGCUGAUUGUAUCAAAGUUAUCGAGGCUGGUUGGGGCCAGCGUCAUGCUUUCUCGGGUACACCUGCGAUGUCGAUUCUUUCGCUUGGUAUGAGGCCCGAUAUCCCGGCAGAAUAUGUGUUGAUCUAUGCGCCGCGGACGGAAGCGGAGAUUGAGACGGUUAUGAAGAUUGUUUCGGCCGGUGUCGAGUUUAUGACGGGGAGGGAGGAUGUGCGGUAG